AUGAAUCAGAAUUUCUAUUCUAUGAUCGACCGGUAUAAACAUCAACAACUUCGAAUUGGACUAGUGUCUCCUCAACAAAUAAGGGCUUGGGCCAACAAAAUUCUACCCAAUGGAGAGAUAGUUGGAGAGGUGACAAAACCCUAUACUUUUCAUUAUAAAACCAAUAAACCGGAAAAAGAUGGAUUGUUUUGUGAAAGAAUCUCUGGACCCAUAAAAAGUGGAAUUUGUGCUUGUGGAAAUUAUCGAGUGAUCGGAGCUGAAAAAGAGGAUCCGAAAUUUUGUGAAGAAUGCGGGGUGGAAUUUGUUGAUUCUCGCAUACGAAGAUAUCAAAUGGGAUACAUCAAACUCGCAUGUCCGGUAACUCAUGUGUGGUAUUUGAAACGUCUUCCUAGUUAUAUCGCGAAUCUUUUAGAUAAGCCCCUUAAGGAAUUAGAAGGCCUAGUAUACUGCGAUGUGUGAUUUGAUCGCUAUCUCCAUUUUUCUUUUGCUAGGCCCAUAGCUAAAAAACCUACUUUCUUACGAUUACGGGGUUUAUUCGAGUAUGAAAUCCAAUCCUGGAAAUACAGCAUCCCACUUUUUUUUACUAACCAAGGCUUUGAUACAUUUCGAAAUCGAGAAAUCUCUACAGGAGCAGGUGCUAUCAGAGAACAAUUAGCCGAUUUGGAUUUGCGAAUUAUUAUAGAUAAUUCAUUGGUAGAAUGGAAGGAAUUAGGAGACGAAGAGUCCGCUGGAAACGAAUGGGAAGAUAGAAAAAUUCGAAGAAGAAAGGAUUUUUUGGUUAGACGCAUGGAAUUAGCUAAACAUUUUCUUCGAACAAAUGUAGAACCAGAAUGGAUGGUUUUGUGCCUAUUACCAGUCCUUCCUCCUGAGUUGAGACCAAUCAUUCAGAUAGAUGGGGGUAAACUAAUGAGUUCAGAUAUUAAUGAACUCUAUAGAAGAGUUCUCUAUCGGAACAAUACUCUUACCGAUCUAUUAGCAACAAGUAGGUCCACGCCAGGAGAAUUAGUAAUGUGUCAGGAAAAAUUGGUACAAGAGGCUGUGGAUACACUUCUUGAUAAUGGGAUACGCGGGCAACCAACGAAGGAUGGUCAUAAUAAAGUUUACAAGUCAUUUUCAGAUGUAAUUGAAGGCAAAGAGGGAAGAUUUCGCGAGACUCUGCUUGGUAAACGGGUGGAUUAUUCGGGACGUUCCGUCAUUGUCGUGGGUCCUUCACUUUCAUUACAUCAAUGUGGAUUACCUCGAGAAAUAGCAAUAGAGCUUUUCCAAACAUUUGUAAUUCGUGGUCUGAUCAGACAACAUAUUGCUUCCAACAUAGGGAUUGCGAAAAGAAAAAUUCGAGAAAAAGAACCCAUUGUAUGGGAAAUACUUCAAAAAGUUAUGCAGGGGCAUCCUGUAUUGUUGAAUAGAGCACCCACCCUGCAUAGAUUGGGCAUACAGGCGUUCCAGCCCAUUUUAGUGGAGGGACGCGCUAUUUGUUUACACCCAUUAGUUUGUAAGGGCUUCAAUGCAGACUUUGAUGGGGACCAAAUGGCUGUUCAUGUACCUUUAUCUUUUGAAGCUCAAGCGGAGGCCCGUUUACUUAUGUUUUCUCAUAUGAAUCUCUUGUCUCCAGCUAUCGGGGAUCCUAUUUCUGUACCAACUCAAGAUAUGCUUAUCGGACUCUAUGUAUUAACGAUGGGGAAUCGGCGGGGUAUUUGCAAAAAUAGGUAUAAUCCAUAUAAUUGCGGAAACUACAAAAAGAAAACAGUUGACAAUCAAAACUAUAAGUAUACGAAAGAGAAAGAACCCUAUUUUUGUAGUUCCUAUGAUGCACUUGGAGCUUAUCGGCAGAAACGAAUCAAUUUAGAUAGUCCUUUUUGGCUCCGGUGGCAGCUAGAUCAACGUGUCAUUGGCUCAAGAGAAGUUCCCAUCGAAGUUCAAUAUGAAUCUUUUGGUACUUAUCAUGAGAUCUAUGGGCACUAUCUAAUAGUAGGAAGUGUGAAAAAAGAAAUCCGUUGUAUAUACAUUCGAACCACAGUUGGUCAUGUUUCUUUUUAUCGAGAAAUAGAAGAAGCCGUACAGGGGUUUUGCCGGGCCUACUCAUAUUCGGGUCUAUCACAUUUCACUGGUAUUAUCAGAAUUUAUGAAUUUCUAUGUGAAUCAAGAUUGAGGAAAGGAAGUUUUCGAAUCACUGACUCAGGUCCAUUGUCGAAUCCUACUCAUCGGAAUACGGGGGUACUUAUGGCAGAACGGGCCGAUCUGGUCUUUCACAAUAAAGUGAUAGAUGGAACUGCUAUGAAACGACUUAUUAGCAGAUUAAUAGAUCAUUUCGGAAUGGCAUAUACAUCACAUAUCCUGGAUCAAGUGAAGACUUUGGGUUUCCAGCAAGCCACUGCUACGUCUAUUUCAUUAGGGAUUGAUGAUCUUUUAACAAUACCUUCUAAGGGAUGGUUAGUCCAAGAUGCUGAACAACAAAGUUGUAUUUUGGAGAAACACCACCAUUAUGGGAAUGUACACGCGGUAGAAAAAUUACGCCAAUCCAUUGAGAUAUGGUAUGCCACAAGUGAAUAUUUGAGACAAGAAAUGAAUCCUAAUUUUCGGAUGACUGAUCCAUCUAAUCCAGUUCAUCUAAUGUCCUUUUCGGGAGCUCGAGGAAAUGCAUCUCAGGUACACCAAUUAGUAGGUAUGAGAGGAUUAAUGUCGGAUCCCCAAGGACAAAUGAUUGAUUUACCCAUUCAAAGCAAUUUACGCGAAGGACUUUCUUUGACAGAAUAUAUAAUUUCCUGCUACGGAGCUCGAAAAGGAGUUGUGGAUACUGCUGUACGAACAUCAGAUGCUGGAUACCUCACGCGUAGACUUGUUGAAGUAGUUCAACACAUUAUUGUGCGUAGAACAGAUUGUGGUACUAUCCGAGGUAUUUCCGUGAGUCCUCGAAACGGGAUGACAGAAAAAAUUCUUGUCCAAACCCUAAUGGGUCGUGUAUUAGCAGACGAUAUAUAUAUGGGGAUACGAUGCAUUGCCAGUCGAAAUCAAGAUAUUGGGAUUGGACUUGCCAAUCGAUUCAUAACCUUUCGAGCACAGCCAAUAUAUAUUAGAACCCCCUUUACUUGCAGGAAUACAUCUUGGAUCUGUCAAUUAUGUUAUGGCAGAAGCCCCACUCACGGUGACUUGGUCGAAUUGGGAGAAGCCGUAGGUAUUAUUGCGGGCCAAUCGAUUGGGGAACCAGGGACUCAACUAACAUUAAGAACUUUUCAUACGGGUGGAGUAUUCACAGGCGGUACUGCCGAACAUGUACGAGCUCCUUCUAAUGGAAAAAUAAAGUUCAACGAGUAUUUGGUUCAUCCCACGCGUACUCGUCAUGGGCAUCCUGCUUUUCUAUGUUCUAUAGACUUGUAUGUCACUAUUGAGAGUCGGGAUAUUCUACAUAGUGUGAAUAUUCCACCAAAAAGUUUGAUUUUAGUUCAAAAUGAUCAAUAUGUAGAAUCUGAACAAGUGAUUGCUGAGAUUCGUGCUGGAACGUCUACUUUUCAUUUGAAAGAGAGGGUUCGAAAACAUAUUUAUUCUGAAUCAGAGGGAGAAAUGCACUGGAGUACCGAUGUCUACCAUGCACCCGAAUAUACAUAUAGUAAUGUUCAUCUAUUACCAAAAACAAGUCAUUUAUGGAUAUUAGCCGGGGGUCCGUGCAGAUCUAGUAUAGUGUCUUUUUCGCUCCACAAGGAUCAAGAUCAAAUGAAUGCUCAUUCUUUUUCUGUCGACGAAAGAUAUAUCUCUGACCGAUUAAUCACUAAUGAUCGAGUAAGACAUAAAUUGUUGGAUCCUUACGGUAAAAAAGAUAAGGAAAUUCUUGACUAUUCAAGACUUGAUCGAAUCAUAUCCAAUGGGUAUUGGAAUUUCAUAUAUCCUUCGAUUCCCCAAGAGAAUUCUGAUUUCUUGGCGAAAAGGCGAAGAAAUAGAUUUCUCAUCCCAUUACAAUACGAUCAAGAACGAGAGAAAGAACUAAUACCCUCUUUUGGUAUUUCGAUUGAAAUACCCAUAAAUGGUAUUUUACGUAGAAAUAGUAUUCUUGCUUAUUUUGAUGAUCCACGAUACAGCAGAAAGAGUUCGGGAAUUACUAAAUAUGGGAUCGUAGAGGUGGAUUCAAUCGUAAAAAAAGAAGAUUUGAUUGAGUAUAGAGGAGCAAAAGAAUUUAGUCCGAAAUACCAAAUGAAAGUGGAUCGGUUUUUUUUUAUUCCCGAAGAGGUGCAUAUCUUACCCGGAUCUUCGUCCAUAAUGGUCCGGAACAAUAGUAUUAUUGGAGUAGAUACACAACUCGCUUUAAAUACAAAUACAAGAAGCCGAGUAGGUGGAUUAGUCCGAGUGGAGAGAAAAAAAAAAAGUAUUGAACUUAAAAUAUUUUCUGGAGAUAUUCAUUUUCCCGGGGAGACAGAUAAGAUAUCCAAACACAGCGGCAUUUUGAUACCACCGGGAACGGAAAAAAAAAAUUCUAAGGAAUCAAAAAAAAAAUGGAAAAAUUGGAUCUAUGUCCAACGGAUCACACCCACCAAAAAAAAAUAUUUUGUUUUGGUUCGACCCGUGGUCACAUAUGAAAUAGCUGAUGGGAUAAAUUUAGCAAAACUUUUCCCUCAAGAUCUCUUGCAGGAAAAAAAUCAUGUCGAACUUAAAGUUGUCAAUUAUAUCCUUUAUGGAAAUGGAAAGUCAAUUCGCGGAAUUUAUCACACAAGUAUUCAAUUAGUUCGGACUUGUUUAGUAUUGAAUUGGGACCAAGAAAAAAAAGGUUCUAUAGAAGAGGUUCGUGCUUCCUUUGUUGAGGUAAGGGCAAAUGAUCUGAUUCGCGAUUUCAUAAGAAUUGAGUUAGUCAAGUCUACUAUUUCAUAUGCCGGAAAAAGGUAUGAUACGGCGGGUUCAGGAUUGAUUCCCGAUAAUGGAUUAGAUCGCACCAAUAUCAAUCCUUUUUAUUCCAAAGCGAAGAUUCCAUUAGUUACCCAGCAUCAAGGAACUAUUGGCACGUUGUUGAAUCGAAAUAAGGAAGGCCAAUCUUUGAUAAUUUUGUCAUCAUUCAAUUGUUCUCGAGUUGGUCCAUGUCCAUUCAACAGUUCAAAAUAUAACAAUGUGGCGAAAGAAUCGAAUCCCAUAACUCCAAUUAGGGAUUUGUUGGGUCCCUUAGGUACUAUUGUACCUAAAAUAGUGAACUUUUAUUCAUCUUACCAUUUAAUAACUCAUAAUCAGAUCUUGUUAAACAAAUAUCGGAUACUUGAUCAUUUUAAACAGACUUUUCAAGUACUUGAAAUACUUAAAUACUGUUUAAUAGAUGAAAAUAGGGAGAUUUAUAAUCCCGGCCCGCACAAUAACAUUAUUUUGAAUCCAUUCCAUUUGAAUUGGUGCUUUCUACAUCACAAUUAUUGUGAAGAGACAUCCACAAUAAUUAGCAUUGGACAAUUUAUUUGUGAAAAUAUAUGUCUAGUGAAAUAUGGACCACACAUAAAAAAUUCUGGUCAAAUUUUAAUUGUUCACGUUGACUCCUUAGUUAUAAGAUCCGCUAAGCCCUAUUUGGCUACUCCAGGAACGACUGUUCACGGACAUUAUGGAGAACCCCUUUCUGAAGGAGAUACAUUAGUUACAUUUAUAUAUGAAAAAUCCCGAUCUGGUGACAUAACGCAAGGCCUUCCAAAAGUGGAACAAAUCUUAGAAGUGCGUUCGAUUGGUUCAAUAUCGAUGAACCUUGAAAGGAGAGUUGAAAGUUGGAACGAGCUUAUACCAAGAAUUCUCGGAAUUCCUUGGGGAUUCUUAAUUGGAGCUGAGCUAACCAUAGCUCAAAGUCGUAUCUCUUUGGUUAAUAAGAUCCAAAAGGUUUAUCGAUCCCAGGGGGUACAGAUCCAUAAUAGACAUAUAGAGAUUAUUGUACGGCAAGUAACAUCAAAAGUGUUGGUUUCAGAAGAUGGAAUGUCUAAUGUUUUUUUGCCUGGAGAAUUAAUCGGAUUGUUGCGGGCGGAACGCGCAGGGCGUGCUUUAGACGAAGCGAUCUGUUAUCGGGCAAUUUUAUUGGGAAUAACGAGGGCAUCUCUGAAUACUCAAAGUUUCAUAUCCGAAGCAAGUUUUCAAGAAACUGCUAGAGUUUUAGCAAAAGCUGCUCUACGGGGUCGUAUUGAUUGGUUGAAGGGUCUGAAAGAAAAUGUUGUUCUGGGGGGGAUUAUCCCUGUCGGUACCGGAUUCAAAAAAUUAGCACACCGUUCAAGGCAAGACAAAAACAUUCAUUUGGAAAUCAAAAAGAAAAAUCUAUUCAAGUUGGAAAUGAGAGAUAUUUUGUUACACCAUAGAGAAUUUUUUUUCUUGCGCCCAAAACAAUUUCCAUGA